AUGAUCACACUCUGCGACCUCCCUGAUGACAUCCUCCUAGGGAUCCUCACCCAACAUGUCCGCUCCGAACGCGACAUCAACGCCUUUUCCCAGGCAAAUCGCAGGCUACACAACGUAGGGAGGCGGUGCCUCUACCGCCAGAAUGCGCUGCACAACCGAAGCAGCGCGCUGCUAUGGGCAUCCGAAACCGGGAAUCUAGCCACAGCCAUAUACGCCCUCGACCCCGGCGGCGCAGACGUCAACACUAAAUCCCGCAAACACAACGGUGGGACACCGCUCAUGCUCGCCUCCGCGAAGGGACAUGGCCCGAUCAUCCAGUUACUUCUCUCAAAAGGAGCGAACCCGAACGCGACUAACAUUCACCAUGAAACAGCCCUCUGCGUCGCAGCGCAGACCGGCGCCGUCGGCGUGGUCGAGCUGCUACUGGAAGACCCCGGGACCCUCCCUGACUUAGCCGACGCAUCUGGACUGACAGCCUUGUGGUGGGCCUGCUGUAAUGGCCACCACGCUGUCGUGGAACGACUACUCGCGAGACCUGAUGUCGACAUCAACCGCCAACGACAAGCCGGCGUGACGCGGCUGAUCUCGGAAAACAGCGCAGCGAACACUGCCGUGGUGCAAGCGCUGUCCGAGGACGAGAGGAUCGAUUUGGACCGCUGGACGGAGAAUGCCAGGACUGCUCUGAUGGUGGCUGCCCUGAAUGGCCACGAGACGAUCGCAAAGCUGCUGGUCGAUACGCCGUCAUGCAACAUCGACGCAGAAGACUCCGAGGGCAAACGAGCGCUUUCGUACGCUGUAAAAGCUGACUGCGGGGCGAUUGUCCAGCUAUUGAUCCAGAGCGGUACGGACGUGAACCACCGGGAUCUGUUACGCCGGACGGCGCUUGCCAUGGCGGCGGAUCUUGGCCGCGACAGCAUUGCAGACUUAUUGCUUCGGCAUGGUGCUGAUCCGACUGUCACAGAUAGUCAAGGCUGGGUGCCUCUUCACUGGGCUGCGCAGGGCGGUCAUGAGGCCGUUGUCCGGGUACUCCUCGAAGACGAUCGGACGAACCCGGGGCAUGUGAGCUUCAUGGGCAUCACGCCGCUUUAUUGUGCGUCACUGGAUGGCCACUAUGGAGUGAUCAAGCUCCUGCUAGCCAGAGAUGAGAUUGGCAUCAAUUGUAAAGACAACGCUGGCUGGACUCCUCUGACCUGGGCAGCUUUAAACAGAUCCGCGAGUCUUGUGCGACUCUUCUUGGACGAUCCCCGGACAGAUGUCAAUGCUCAAGAGCGUCGUGGCUGGACGGCGCUUUUCUUUGCGGCGAAAAUAGGUCAGCGAGAUGUUGUGGAGGCUCUUUUGAGUCAUCCUAUGAUUGACGCUGCGAUCAGGGAUCAGACUGGCAAGGAUGCGAUGAUGUGGGCGAAGGAACGUGGUCAUUUGGAUAUUGCUGCCUUGAUUGAAGCAUCUGUAAAGCGAAAAGCUAUGCCAACAGUAUAG